GCAAACUUUUUUGUUCAUAGUUAUUUUACACCUGUGACCGAAGUCUUUCCUUUAAAGAGGCUGGAGACAUGUUUUCGGUCCCGGUAUUAUAUCGCAUGGAGAAACUUAAAGAACGCGUUUUUCAAAUUAUAAACUGAAGCAUGGAAAUGUUGUUUAUGACUAUAUCUCUGAUUGCUGCUUUCGCAUCCACAACGGCCCUUCCUCGUCUAGACUUUGGAAAUAACAGAACUCAACGCAUUGCUCACUGCACUGAUGGCCUGGAGUACAAACAUAGUGACAUCUGUUGCCUUCUCUGUCCUGCUGAAAUUCAGUUUUGUGUAUGGUCACCAGGUACACAUGUGAAAUUACACUGCACCAAACCACACAACAAAGGAGUAUGCGAAGAAUGCGACUAUGGAGCCACAUUUAUUGAACACAUGAAUGGUUUCACAGAGUGUUGGAAGUGCACGACAUGUCGCUCAGAUCAGGAAAUUGUAAGGAAAUGUUCAUCCACUCAAGACACAGAAUGUCAGUGCCGAUUAGGAAAGUUCUGUUCCCCUGAUCAGCCAUGUGAGGUGUGCAAGAAAUGUUUGAGGUGUGAAAAAGAUGAAGAGAUAGUGAGGAACUGUACUGCCACCACCAACACUAAGUGCAAGAAAAUCCAGCAAAAGUCGGACAUUUCCUCAGACAGCAGUGCUAUGAUUAUAGCAGCUUUGCUGCUUUCUGCUGGUUUCAUUGUUGUCGUGGUGUGUGCAUUAUGCUGGUGGAAGAGAAGACACAGCAAGCCAGGUACGUAAAAUCCAUGUAUUAUUGUACAUGUGCACAUGCUGAUAUUAAGGCUGCUAAGAAUCUCACAUUUCAAAUCCAUUUCAAUUCUGUAGGUCACAGUACAACCUCACUGUACAUUUUAUUCAAUAUUGAUCAAAUCCUUCAAUAUCAAUUCAGUAACAAGUAGGAAUACACAAAAAAGUGUAAAGAUGGUUUGGUUGAUAGUAUGGUAUAAUUUGCUGGUAUUUAUAGCUUUUGGCCACUGGGA